CCCCUCCUCUCAGUCUCGCGCUCGGCCUGCGCAGGCGCAAGCCCGCAAGAUGGCGGCGGCUGGAGCGGGCCGUCUGAGGCGGGCAGCGUCCGCCCUGCUGCUCCGAAGCCCGCGCCUGCCCGCCCGGGAAUUGUCGGCUCCGGCCCGGCUGUAUCACAAGAAGGUUGUUGAUCAUUAUGAAAAUCCUAGGAACGUGGGGUCUCUUGACAAGACCGCAAAGAAUGUUGGGACUGGAUUGGUGGGAGCGCCGGCCUGCGGUGAUGUGAUGAAAUUACAGAUUCAAGUAGAUGAACAGGGGAAGAUUGUGGAUGCCAGGUUUAAAACGUUUGGCUGUGGUUCUGCCAUUGCCUCCAGCUCACUAGCCACCGAAUGGGUCAAAGGGAAGACGGUGGAGGAGGCCCUGACCAUCAAGAACACAGACAUCGCCAAGGAGCUCUGCCUGCCCCCCGUGAAACUGCACUGCUCCAUGCUGGCUGAAGACGCAAUCAAGGCCGCCCUGGCUGAUUACAAACUGAAACAAGAACCCAAGAAAGGAGAGGCGGAGAAGAAGUGAGCCCUCGGCAAAGUGUCCACCAGGCCACAUACGCUGUUUGCCCACCCACCACGCAGCUAUCGUAGAUGCUCAGAAGCCCCUCACACUACAGUAAAAGAGCUUGGACACAUGCACAGCACUCGCUGGUCACAUUGUGGCUAUAAUGCAAGCAAAAUACACACUUUACUCGUUCCAGAUCCCGUGCUUUCUUUCAGCCUACUUUUAUUGCCUUAACCCGGUUUGUGUAUAUUUUGAAUUGUGCGCAUGGCCUCAAAACCGAAAUCAGGAAUGCAGUCUCCGUGUGGCAGUCCGCGAAGUGCACGGAUGCCUCUUCUCACCUGAACCUGCCUGGGGGAGAUCACCAGUAGAAGGCCUCGAUAGAGCCAAUUACUGUACAUAAGACAGAUUUGCAUAUAUAUAUAUAUAAAAUAAAAAAUGUAAGACCAUG